CCCCCUUUUUUCUUUCUCUGGACAGAGAUGGGCCUUAGACCGUUCAACCAUACGGCCGGCCCACAGUCCCGCACCGCCCCAGAUUCGGAUAAGGGAGAGGCAACGGGACCAACUGCCCCCAAUCCCGAUCCAAACGACGGCCGCCCUUGUGCUUCCACCGCCGACCAUGCUGCCGGAAGCCGCGCAUCCUCCGGAACAAGGUCGUCUGCCGGACCGUUAUGUCGUGCGCCGUCGCAGCCGGCCACGCGUGGGAGGAGCGUUGAGCUGUCGCCAUUACCGAAGCCGGUCGAGCGCCGGUGUCGCAAUCGUUCUGAGGGGAGCCGCGUGAGCGGAGCGACCUCGCGGAGCCGAGGGCUGUGGCCCGAGAACGCCUCUGCAUGCGCAUCUGCUCCCUAUGGCGUUGCCUCAUGGAGUCGAAUUCGAGGACCGGCUGAAGGCCACUGCGCUCCUCCGUCGCCGCUCUACGAGAAGAUAGGCCGAGGGCUGUGCCUGACAGGUGCAACGGCCUCAUCUUCCAGUGCAAGAUGCAUGCAUGCCAAAGCAUCCUCGCCUUUGCCGUCAAAGGCCGGUGUACAGCCGCGUUCGAUGCAAUCUGUAGGGCUGCGUUCCCGAUCUCGUUGCUCAUCGCACUGGCGUGCAGACCCACCGCCGUGUACGGUCGUCCCUGCCGCCGCAGAGAUGUCGCCAUCCGCGCCGGGCGCCGGGGUUGACUGCUUGCGGUUUCCCGCUGCAGCGCGCCGCACCGAAGGGUGCCGUUGUAGCGUAUCGCGUGCCACGCGCCAGGAGAUGCCGCGGCUGUUCCUAAGGGCCCGACGUCGCGGGCAGCCACGCCGGAGGUCGCCGGGAUAGGCCCGAGCGCCGCCCGUCUUGCCUGGCCGAUGAAAUUGCUCCGCCGGUGUGCGUGAUCGAAGGAAUCAAGCGUCGCCCAAUUCGCUCUCGUGGUAGAGUCUAUCAUGUGCUGAUAACGUGAUGUGAAACAAGGAAGACAAAUGAAUCUCUAUUCCUUUCAUUGA